CCGCUUGCGGAUAGGACCGGUUGACCUAAUCGUAAUGCGCCGUGAAACCGAAUGGCCACCCUAUUGCGCUUUGACGUUUCCGCCUUGCGCAUCUGAAUCAAAACAACAAAGCGGAACGACAAAAAAAAAAAUGCGAGAGAGUGCAGCGAAAAGAAGGAAGCACCACAAAAGAAAAACAUCAGAAAGUCAGUCUCAAACGACUCGGACGGACGGACGUACGAACGGCGGACGGUCGCCUUCUUAUGGGAUUUUUUUUUGUCAUUGAAAUGCACUAGUUUUGCUUACAAUCGGAAAGUCUCCUAAUCCCCAUUUUAGUGCGCGUGCAGUCAGUUUGCGUGUACAAGCCACAAUCUGUAGGAAACAAGGUGAGAUAAUCAAGGCCGCGAAUUCGUGCUACAAAAGGAGUCGUUUUGCUGGGCUUGGCUGCUUGGGAGGAUAAAGAAGGGGUGUGCUGAGGAGUGUUUGGACUGAUUAGCAUCUUGCAGCAGCAGCGAGUGGAUAAACCCACCAUGAACUAUGAUGUGCUGUUGAAUCGGACGGGAUUCGGACGGCUGAAUAUUAGCCAACACACGCGAAGCGUUUCCGAGAGUGAAGGUCACCAGCAGCAGCAGCAGCAGCAGUCGUAUCAUCAGAAUGCGACACCUUCGCGGAAGAUAUCGUCUCCAGUGGGAGGUCGGGUGGACGUGGAGGGAUCUAGUGUCCGUGGAACUCCCGUCAGGACGGGAUGCACUGGAGCCGGAAGUGGCACCGGAGAUGAACUCAAGGGUAAGGUGGAAUCAAAGCUCAUGUCGAUGUGGAACAAUAUGAAGUUCGGUUGGAGCGGGAAGCUCAAAACUAGCUUCUCAAAGGAGCAACCGCUGUGGCUGCUGGGACGAUGCUAUCACCAGAAGGCGGCGCUUCCGGCAUCGAGCUCAAUGGAGGGCUCGGUGGAAUUGGUUCAAGGGACGACGGCCACGGCCGAAACGAACCAAAUGGCGGUGUUCGAUAGCGUUCAGCGGUCGCCCUCGGAGAUAUUCGUGGAAUCACCUCCGGAGGAGACGGGAACUGAUGCGGUCGAGGAGAGCAGCUCGAGUGUCGAAAUGGAAGACAUUGAAGCGUUCAAACGGGACUUUGUCACUCGGCUUUGGAUGACGUACCGGAAAGAGUUCCAGACAAUGGACGACUCCAAUUAUACAUCCGAUUGUGGCUGGGGAUGUAUGAUCCGAUCGGGACAGAUGCUUCUGGCCCAAGGACUACUAAUUCAUUUUCUCGGCCGCAACUGGCGUUGGGAUGCUUCGACCGACAACUUUAGAAUGAAUUCUCCCAAUUACGAGGACAAUAUCCACCGGAAGAUAAUCCGGUGGUUUGGCGAUACCUCUUCUAGGGCCAGCCCCUUCUCGAUUCACACUCUGGUCGCUCUGGGGAAGGAAACCGGGAAGAAGCCCGGCGACUGGUAUGGACCAGGUUCGGUUGCACACCUUCUGAAACAAGCGGUCAAACUGGCCGCACAGGAAAUAUCCGACCUCGAUGGGAUUAACGUGUACGUGGCCCAAGAUUGCGCAGUCUACAUCCAGGACAUCCUCGAUCAGUGUACCAUUUCCGCCGAACCAACCGUGGCCCCGUGGCAAAAGAAACUGACCUCCUCGUCGUCUCCCGGAAGCUCCAGUGCCUCGACCAACCCUGCCACUGCCGACGAUCACUGGAAAUCUCUGAUCCUGCUGGUUCCACUGCGGCUCGGAACGGAAAAGCUAAAUCCCAUCUACAGUGACUGCCUGAAGGCGAUGCUCGCCUUGGACAACUGCAUCGGAAUUAUCGGCGGAAGGCCGAAGCACUCGUUGUACUUUGUCGGUUUCCAAGAGGACAAGCUGAUCCAUCUGGAUCCGCAUUACUGCCAGGACAUGGUGGACGUGGUCAAUCAGGAAAACUUCCCGGUCGCGUCGUUCCACUGCAAAUCGCCACGGAAGAUGAAACUCAGCAAGAUGGACCCCAGCUGCUGUAUUGGGUUCUACUGCGAAACGAGGAAGGACUUUUUCAAAUUUGUGGACAACGUUAAACCGUUCCUCCAACCGGCCAAGCAACAGAUGAGCAGCAGCUUCACCAGCUCGACCGGUGUGGCUCAGUUCCCCGAGGUGACCUACCCGAUGUUCGUGUUCUGUCGCGGCAAAAGCAGCGAACAGCAAAUUGAGCUUCCCUCGAGGACGGUGUAUCGCAUGCCUCCGGCACCGCCACCCCUGUCGGCCACCAGAGGCGGUGGAAUCUCCCAGAGCCAACAGUUGCCUCAGGCAGGGAAUGACGACGAGGACGAUGACGAUGAGGACGAGGCCAUGGAGUUUGUGAUUCUGUAGGACGUCGGUCGGUUUCACCGAAAGAAGGUAUGCGAUUAUUACUAUUAUUGCGUCGCGUUUGCUUUAGGAGGAAAAGUGUUAAGGUCAUGCUUGAAAUCAGUAUAUUUCAAUGCCUACGGUUGAAGUUGUUCAAGCAUCGGCGUAGACAGCAAUAUUAUCGCUGUUUUGGCAAAACCAUUGAGAUAUGUAGGCAAAAUCGGCACAAGAUGGAAUACCUGUCAUAGGUUUUCGGAUAGUUAUGACGAUUUGAAUCUUAUCAAUAUGCAAUCGUUUUGUCACAGCAAAGAAUCAUUCGGAAGCGGUAAGUAUGUACUUACAAUUAGACUAUGUCGGAAUAAUGCUAUAAUAUCAUAACAGAUACGUUACGGCUAAAAGUUACAUUGACAACGUGCGUCUUUGUGUUUAAGAAAUGUCGUGCUUGAGAGAUUUAUCUGAACUUAAAUUCAUCAGAGCCAUUUUGGACUAAGCGUGCGAAAAAACUCCACUGCUAAAUAUUAUUGUAUAGUUCAGUGCUAUUUUAAAACAUAGGUCAUAUCUAACGUAUAAUGCUAUUUAUUUUUCAUUUAUUAUUUAUGUCGAAAUUAUUCAUAUAAGUUACGUGCUUCUGUCGUAAGGAUGUAGCACAUCUUCGAAACAGUGACUUCAUCAAGGCAUCGGUUGAAUCAAAAGAAAUUCAUCAGAUCUUGCUAGCCAACCUACAAACUUUUGAACAUUGACAAAUUUUCUUUUGAAAAGCCAUAUAACUUUGAUAGCAGGCAAAUGUUUACGAGGAUGCACCGACACAAAACAAAGAAAAACUUUGCUUAAAUUAAAACCUACUAAAGUAAACAGAAUAGCUACGAUAGCGCACUAGUACAACAAUAUCUCACCAAAAUGCUGUAAAUUGUGACUGUAACAAUAUUCAUCAUAUAUUAUAUUAUAAUUUGAGCGAA